AUAUUUACAUUUUUUAGAAAGAGAAUAUUUUCACAUAAAAUCUCAGCUCGAUUGAUCGGCUCAGUGAUUCUUAGUAUAGUUGCACUACAACUUACUUUGAAUAUCUAACCAUUGGAGCACAUAUCUUCACUGGUUCCUUGGAGUGGAAGAGCUCAAGUGGCCGUGUGAAAACGGGUAUCGUCCCCUCUUCCAUGGCCUGGCGUACCGCCGUCAGUUAGCUCAGCUCAGCUCAGAUACUAUAACGCAACUUGCUUAGCUUACAUAGAUCUCUAUAUAUGGGACUGACGCUUAAAGUUCAAUUGUGAAACCAGCACGCCACCACUGCACUUUCUUCUGCCAACUUAUGGGAUAAAAUCAUGGAUUUUUUGAAAGCCGAAAUUGCAAGAAAGAAAAAGCAACUGGAGAAAACGAAUCUCGUCGACAGCGGGAGUGGAAAAAAGACAUUCAAGAGAGCUGACUUGAAAGCAAAGCAGGAGGAAGAAUAUUGGAAGAAACAUAAACCUGAGAAUGAUGAAGGAGAGAGUAGCAAAAAGAAAGCAAGAAGUGAAAGGCUUGCCAGUGAUUCUCUUUCAGACGAUCCCAAUCUUGUAACUCUCUCCAGACAAGAGGUUGUCAGAAGAUUGCGAGAAAGAACAGAGCCUAUCAGGUUAUUUGCAGAGACAGACACAGAAGCUUUCUUCAGACUCAGGAAAAUAGAGAUGCUUGCCCCAGAAAUUAACAAGGGUCUUCGGAACGAUUUCAAAGAAGCUAUGGACAAGGUUGACCAGCAGUACUUGGAGGAACUGGUCAAGGCUCAAGGAGAGGAUGUCCCAACCAGCGCAUAUGACAUGAAGUUUGAAGACGACGGCCAUACCAUUGAUUCCAUUCUAGAGAUGGCUAAAGAAAUGGGCAAGGGCGAUGAGGAAGUAGAUAAUAAAGUCAUCCUCAUCUACAUCAAGUUUUUGCUGAAAGGUUGGGCUCAGGAUCUUAAUCGUAGACCAGAAGAUCUGAAGAGAAGUAUGAAAGGAAGAUUACAGAGCGCUACAUAUAGUCAAACAGAAGGAUACCUAAAACCACUAUUCAAUAAACUGAAGAAAAAGUCCCUUUCUCCAGAUAUUUUGGAUAGCUUAGUGGAGAUCAUAAAGUUCAUGUUUGAGAGAGAAUAUGUGAAAGCCAAUGAUUCCUAUCUUCAGAUGGCUAUAGGGAAUGCUCCAUGGCCCAUUGGGGUCACUAUGGUUGGUAUUCACGUCCGUACAGGGAGAGAGAAGAUCUUCUCCAAGAACGUUGCUCAUGUGCUGAAUGAUGAGACCCAAAGGAAAUAUAUCCAGGCACUGAAGAGAUUGAUGACACUCUGUCAGAGACACUAUCCUACAGACCCAUCAAAGAGUGUGGAGUACCAAGGAGUUCAUCUAUUCUGAGAGGUAGAUGGACAAAUAAUUGAGAAAAAAAAGACUGAAAAAAUAGCUGGCUAUAAAGGAUGGAUGCAGAUUAAGAAUAUACAGGCCCCAAGAUGAACCAUCCUUCAUUUAUGGCCUUGUAUGUAGAGGACACAUUUUUUCAAGUUGUAGUAUAUGAACAGCCAAGUGUCUAAAAUGCAAGGCGAUGGAGAUCUGCAGUCCAUUACAUGCCACACAGCCAUGAAGAUAUGAUUGUGCCUGGUGUUGUGAGGCCUCUUUUGCUUUGUACUUUGUUUUGUAAAGAAUGAGGUCUGCAAUUUCAGACUACAGGAGAACUGCAUUACUGUCAGAGUGAGGCUCAGUGUUUUGAACAUAUUGAAAUUUUGUUAAGUGUCCAAAAGGGGCCUGUCUGUGCCUGCAUAAGUACAGCUCCUCAGACAUAUACUGUUAAUAUGGACCACCAUGUGUACAAAAAAAACCUCACAGACUUCACAAUUGCCAGCAAAGGUUAAACAAGAACAGCACCUGGACAACUAGCAGACAUCCAUGGAAACAUCUUUCAUGUAUGUAAAUGCUCUAGGAUAACAGAAAUCUGCCUGUCUUUGGAGGAAUUAGAAAUGAUAGAGGUAAAUAAUAUAAUCUGGUCUGAAAGGUUGUUCCACUUUGGUGAUUAUUCAACAUAUUAAAGAUCUGUUUAUGUGCACUAGUAAGUUGAGGUACGUUCCUAUUUAAUGAGAGCAUUGUCAAGUACAUUAGAACUGUGUGGAAAAGAUAAUGUAAGAUUAAAAUAUUAAAUUUUUGUUGUUUCAUAAAAGUAGAGUGUAGCUAUAUGUCAUCUUGUGCCAUACAGAUAAACAUUCAGGUCAGGAACUCCCAAUUAGGGUAUUUUUUCACACCAUAUUCAUACACUGUAAGUAUUAAGUGAGUUUUACUUUGUCCAUCAUAUCGGAGUGAGGCUUAAUUUUCUACAUUUGCUAUCAUGUGUCUUUGAAUAUAGACUAAAUGUUAUCGAACCACCUGGGAAUUAGAAGUUAUGGUAACUUGGCUAAGCUGCAGUUCGACCAAUUGAAUAUUUGACAAACUGGUCCAUUUUUAUAGACAAUGUCUGAUUAGAUCAAGCAGUCAUUAACCCAUCAUACUGAAUUCUCAGAAAUUAUUGCUCAUUUUGUGUUCAUCUUGUUUUGAAAGACAUGUGUUUGUUAUUAUACUUCAAGAGAUGAUGUUGAUGCCUGGUAUUAUAUACAAACUUUGUAACCAGAAUCUGACAGCUGUUUGAUUAUAAUCAGACAUUUGAUAAAAACCGGAAUCUGUUAGCUUUGCAGAAAGUGCUAUCCAAAAUGUUUUACCAACAGAUUCAGAUACCUGAGAAAAGAGUACCCUGGUCAGGAGUCUACUACUGUAUGUAUUUAUUUUAUUACCAAUGGAGAACCAAUUUCUGCCAUUAAGGCCUUUUUUAAACAGUUCUUUGAAUAUCCUAAUUACUUUAGUUUCAUUACUUGGAUUGGGUUGUACGAGUACAUAAUUAAUGAGACAUUACAAAUUACAAUAUAUUUUUUUAUAAAGUGAUGUAUUUAUUUAUGAAUAUAACAUUUUCUUAAAUGAACAAGCUAUUCCUGACUUAAAAUAACAAUUACAAUGUAAAUGUACUUUUGGUAUCAAAACAAUUUCUGAAGACUAAUAACAAUGUCAUCAUUGUACAGUUUAUAUUAAAUUGAUGUGUUACUGAUUUUUUUUUAUAAUACUUGGUAUGAAAUAACUAAGAAGUGUCCACCAAGUGUUAUCUAUUCUACAUUUUCAUUCAUAAGACCUGACAACUCUACUUUUUGUUGGUUAUCGCAAAAUAUCUACAUCCAUCUGUGCUAAAUGUAAAGAGUGAAAGAUUGUACAGUGAAAACAUUGUAUAAAUGUAAAUAUAAAUAACAGAUAAGGCGAGAUUAAACUAUCAUCAAAAGAAA